AUGUCCACGGAUCCCCCUGGACCGGGCCUACCCAACACAGAGGGGCCCGGCGAAGCCGACGUCAAACCCGAAGCUUCCAACCGGCGUGUCUCCGCCGCCAGACGGUCGCGUCGCAAGAAGGACGACGAAACUACCGAGACCCCCAAACCAAAAGGAAAAGAACCCAAGGAAAAGCCCGCCCGCGCUCCUCGUCGCCCUCGAGAAAAAUCGACCUCGACAGCUGCUUCUCGGAAAAAGGCCAAACUGGAGGCUGCUGGUGACGAAGCCACCGCUGGGCCUGCUGCUGCUCCGGCAGAUCCCAAUCCUGCACCCACACCGGCGACCCAGGUACCGACGCAGACUCCGACGCAGCCUCCGCCUCAGACUCAGCCCGUGCCUACUCCUCAAACUACUCCUGCUCCUGCUCCUGCUCCUGCUCCUGCUCCUGCUCCUGCUCCAACUCUGACUCCGCCCUACUCACAAACUCCUCAUCCCCCGCCGGGCCCUAUCUCUACUUACUCCCUGUCGCAACCAUACCCGCCUCGGCCACAGUCACAACCUCCGCCACCUCGACCCACGCAAGCUCCUCCACGCAAGAGCGGCCAAAACUUCGAUCCCAUUCGAUCGGCUUUUGAUAACCCUUCUCCUGCGCCUGCCUACAGUCCAUCUACUCAACAUGUGGUAUCACCGCGGAAUAACUAUCGCGCCAGUGCAUCACCCGCGAUCUCCAGCAUCAUUGACCCCCCGGCACAAAACACACACACUUUCCAAACGCCGCUGCAUCGCUCUUCCUCCGGCCAUGUCUCGACCGUACACUCUCCAGCGCCUCCUGCCGCGGUACCGACACCUACGCACCACUCCUUAGCCCCUUCUCCAAUGCCAGUGUCCUCUCCUUCCCAUGGAGCUAGCCAUACACCUCAGCACAUGCCACCUAGCAAUUAUGCUCCUUACACACCAAACGAACAGCGCCAAAUGCAAACACAGCCUCCAAAACUGGAGCUUUCUCCGCCGGCACUACAACCGCAGUAUCAGCAACAUCCUCCGCCAACUGCUCAACCGCAGCCUCAGUCGCAACCUCAGUCGCAACCUCAGGCGCAAUCUCAGCAGCCAGCUCAGCCCCCUGUGCAAGCGUCCACCCCACAGCGAUCUGUUCAACAAUCUUCUGAUGCCAUGGACAUCGACUCGAAGGAACAACCCACACCCAGCGCAAAGAAAGAGAAGGGCACGGGCACUGCGCCGUCGUCAAAGGCGCCUUCCCCCAAGCCAGCUCGCGCAGCCAAGGAAGCCCCCGUGCUCCCUCAGGGCUCCGGUCUGAUCACCAACGCACUAUUUGGUGGAGCCGACGACUCCAAGUCAGCCGAUGCACCUAGCACCCCCAACAUCAUCGUACACGUUCCGUUGCACAAGGGCAACCACAUUGUCAACUUCGCUCAACUGGCAGAAGAACAAUAUGGUUUCGCUGCCUUGCAUCCCCGCCUGGCCGCGCAUAAAGAGCGUCUGGCACGUGUUGCGGCUGCUGGCGCUGUCUUGGAACGCAAUGACAAGAGCAAGGGCAUCUCUGCAGGCGAAAGUGCCGACGAGGAUCUGAGUCUUGAAGCGGAUCGUGACAGUGAUAUGGAUGGGGAUGUUCCCAUGAGUGGUGCUGGAACAGGAACCAACGGUGCACCUUCAGAAGCUAGCGAUGGCAAGAAGAAGCGCCGCAAGAAGGUAGAAGAGUACGACCGUGAUGAUCCUUUUGUCGACGACAGUGAGAUGGCGUGGCAGGAGCAGGCUGCCGCAAGCAAAGAUGGAUUCUUUGUCUAUAGUGGGCCGUUGGUGCCAGUGGGGGAGAAAGUCCAAGUGGAACGUGCCGACGGAACUAUCAAGCGUGGCCGUGGCCGUGGACGAGGAACAGGCCGAAGCCGAGGUCUGACUUCUCACCCGCACGUCCCUAUUGCAGCUGCCGUGCCCAUUUCUCAAGACACCGGUCUGCCACUCCGCGGUCCCGGCUCAAGAGGCGGCACCUCACGCCGCGCACGAACGACCAAGAAAGCCGCCGAGGGUGACAAGGGCACCCCCGAGCGUAAUGGCUCCAAUGCGUCUGCAACCCACGAAGGCCGUGGGGGCCGUGGGGGCCGUGGGGGCAGUUCAAGCACCCGCGGAGCAAAGUCCUCUUCAGGACCCUCCUCAGGCUCAUCCAUGAUGUCGAUGAUGGACCUCGCUCCAGCACCUCCCUCCAACCCAGCGACACCCACUUCCAAUCCGAAUACUAAUCUCGCCCCUGUGCCAGGUCCCAGUCCGCUGGCUGGGCCGGAGCUCGUUAUGAAAUAG